AUGCCCGAAGAGCCUGUCAUAGUCUUCGGGCCCCUUGAGGGCGCGCUCGCGUCGGCCUCGGACGCCGAGAAAAACGCGAGAUUUGAGGCCUCAGGCAGAAACGCAACACCCCCAAAGCUGCGCAGCUGUGUAGUAUGCCGAAGUCGGAAAGUUCGCUGCGAUAAGCGAGCGCCUUGUUCCAAUUGCCGUCGCGCAAAUAUCUCCUGUGUGCUUCCAUCAACAGACCGUCCACCAAGAUGGGCGCGCCAUCUCAACCGCCUCAACAGCGCGGUAUCCAACCUACAGGCCUCCCAGGAACCUGAACCAGUAGCAGAAGACGUGAUGGAGAGACUUCACAAUCUUGAACGCCUCGUUCAAGAGCUACGCAUUCAGCUAGAACAGGCCAAAUCAACAGCUAACUCUGCGGCUGGAGGGUCAUCGGGGUUCGGUUCGCCUGAUGAUCGACAGUUGAACCCAUCUUCCAUCAGUACUGCUAAUGUACAAAAUAAGUUUGGGAGAUUGGUGCUUCAGGAUUCCAACCGAAGCCGCUACGUCAGCAGUGGCUUCUGGUCUCGGGUCAAUGACGAGCUUGAUGGCAUCAGCGCAGAUGCUCAUGGUCUUCCAUUAGGGGAAUCUGAUACCUCGGAUGAUGAGGCAUCGCCGGACAUGACCUUUUCCACACAAGAACUUGGGCGGACCCCUGCAGAGCGUCACGGAUUCUUGUUUGGGCACAAUUUGAGUCCGUUUUCUCCUAAUUUAGCUGACCUUCACCCACUCCCCUCUCAAAUUCCUUUCCUUCUAGACGUGUUCUCCGAAAAUGUGAACAUUAUAUUUCAAAUCGUUCAUCUUCCCACUAUCAGGAACAUGGUUCGCGAUUGGCGCGGCCGUGACAUGAAGGGACUCACACCGGCCAAUGAAGCUUUGAUGUUCGCUAUUUACUACGCUGCCAUAACAUCGAUGGAAGAAGAAGAUAUAGUACUUAAUUUCGGAGCCACAAAAGCCGAGCUCAAUCUCAAAUAUCGCCAAGGCCUCGAACAUGCUCUUGCAAGAGCUGAUUUUCUGAAUGCACCUGACCUUGUUCUCGUGCAGGCAUUUGCAAUCUUUCUUUGUCUCGCUCGCCGACAUGACAGUCCGAGGUUUGUGUGGAUGAUGACAGGACUAGUGAUCCGAAUGGGUCAAGCUCUUGGACUACAUCGUGACGGAACACAUUUUGAUUAUCUCACUCCAUUUGAGAUUGAGAUGCGGCGAAGGGUCUGGUGGACCCUGUGCGUGCUAGAUGUGAGAGCAUCCGAGGACCAAGGAACCGAUUACACAAUCACGAAAGCGAGCUUCGAUACUAAGAUACCCCUUAACCUCAAUGACACCGAUAUCGACCCCGAAUCAAAGCAAGCACCUCAAGCCCGCGAUGCCUUGACUGACAUAUCCGUUGCGCGUGUCACCUUCGGUAUGUGCGAGAUCACACGGCAGAUGAUGGCUCAUGGUUUCAAAGAAGGAGCACCGUGCUUAGAAGAGCAAAGUCGAUUGUUGCAACAGAUAUACCAAGAUCUUCAACGAGAAUUUCUCCAAUACUCAACCGAGUCAGGGAACAUUACAUACUGGGUGAUAGUUACGGUUGCUCGUCUUCUUAUGGCCAAGAUGACUCUGCUUAUCUACCUGCCUCUGUUGUUCUCCUCGAAUGAAGACUUCACGGAGGAGUUGAGGACAAAACUAUUGGUCUCUAGUAUCGAGGUCGCCGAGUACAAUCAUGCCCUAAACAACGAGCAAGCAUGUAGAAACUGGCGCUGGGUUUUCCAGACCUAUACCCAUUGGUACUCCAUUGUCUACAUGAUGCUAGAGAUUUCUCGACGCCCAUGGUCGCCUCUUUCUGAACGGGCCUGGGUAGCCCUUCAUAGUGCCUGGCUAAUACCGAACCAAUCACACAUGCAAAAGAAUCUCCGCGUCUGGAUUCCACUCCGAAAGCUGAUGACCAAGGCCAGGAAGCAUCGCGAAAUGGAGUUUGGGCGGCUGAGAAACGACUCUCAAGCUGCCGAACAGCUGGAGCAGGGCUAUCGCAUUGCCGCACACCCUUCGAGCACUGGGCCAUUUCCACCUGGUUCAAGUUCCGCAGAUCUCUUCCUUGAACAAUGGCGCCGGCUGGUGUCACCCCCGGAUGAAACCAAGCAUGAUGCACUUGCACCUGGGUUCGCCGUCACCAAUCGGUCGAAUCUACCGAUCCACAUCGCAAGUACAACGAAGUCAAAUUUGCGUCCUCCCAAGUCAUCUCACAGUGCAUUCCACUCAGCUUUCACCGCUGAGCCAGAGCAUCUUGAGUUCGGGUACGAAGUGUCAAACAUUGAAUCUACAAGCUCCGAUUCAGUCAUGCCGCCUAAUUCAGAAAUCGGAUUUGGACCUCGAAAUCCUGCCACUUCAUCACACAACCACUUUUCGAUGGCACCAGAAGCUCAAUUCGACGGUCAACUUGCUACCCCGGCCGUUGUACCUUGGCUGUGGUCUGAGGAGGACAUGUCAACUGAUUUAACCGGCACCUCUAGAGACCACGCCGAUAGCAAUAUGGGGAUGGAUGAGGUAGAUUGGUAUAAUUGGGCCGCGUCUGCGAAUGAUAUGGAAUGUGAUGGAGGGAUAUACAGCAGUGGGUCGCGCUAG